UAGCGUUGUCGAGAGAGACUUGUUUAUUUUACAGCUGUUGCAUCGUGUGGUCGCAUGGAAUGAUAGCAGCUCUCUACAGAACAACCACGUACACAAAAAGUUUUGGUCUUUUAAGGUUGAAAUCCCUUUGAGAUAAAGGGUCAGCCACGAUGACGAUUAACUUGGGUGUGAAGGCUCUUCUCGGCUGGGUCAACAGCAUUAAAGUGUCCGAUCGAGAAGUGACUGUCGAUGAUUUACAAGAUGGGAUCGUCUUUCAGAAAGUUAUUUACAUGCUGAAAAAGGAAACCAAUCCCUGUUUCUAUCAUUCCACUGAGGAUCGCUUCAAUCUCAUUGCAGACUUUGUGAAAAGAGACUGCAGAUUGAGUGAAGCUAAAGGCACUUCAAUAUCUUGGGGCAACAUAAGAGAUGGCACCAACCUAACAGUAGAAGUUGCAAAGGUUCUUCUGUUGCUCAUAUAUUAUGACAUGAUGAAUGACCGCUGUACUCUGAACAUGUUGGAAUGUGAUGUGGAGCGGGAGAUAGCAAACUUAACUGGCUCCUUUGUGAUGGAGAGUAAGGGCUCUGUCUAUCUGAGCAAUAGACUUGAUGCCUAUUUGUCAAGGAAAUGUUUGCCCGUCUCCCGUGAAAUAUUUGACCAAUCAGCAAGCACCUCCUCCUCCAAUAUGUCAACGAUCUCCUCGCUCUCAGAGGACGAGUCCCCUGUAUUUCGCCGCACGCAGAAAAUCACAUUUGUGGAUGUGCAAACUGUGGCAUCUCCAUCAGUAAGCAAGUCUCCUCUGCAGGAUAUUAUGAACACACCAAAGUUUCAGAUGAGGAAAAUGCAACGUCAGAUGAUCAAAGAGAGAGACUAUAGAGAUGGGUUGGAACGUGAGCUGGCCUGCAAGCUUGCUCUAAUUGCACAGAAAGAGUCUCAUAUUAACCAGUUGCAGUAUCGUCUGGAUAAAAUUAAAGAAGAACGAGGGGAAUGCGAGCAGGUUGCCAGGGAACAAAUCAAUGAUCUUGAGAACAAGAACGACACGUUACAAAUGCGUUUUAAUGAGAUUUUGAAGCAAAAUAAAGAUUUCCAGAGCACCUCUUCUCUCAUGGAGCGUAAAGUGGAUGAACUGACAGAAGAAAAUGGUGUCCUCUCUUCCCAGGUGCGAUCAAUUAGUUCACAGCUGGCUGUGUUCAAGACAGAAGUUGGUAGGCUGAGAGAAACCCACACGUCGGCUCAAGAGAAGUGGCACACUGAAGUAAGCCAUCUACAAUCUGAGCUCAACCAAGCUACAGCUCAAAAGGAGCUUCUGACUGAACAAAUCCAGAUCCUUCAGGGAAAAAUUUCCUGUUUGGAGGAUGAAAUAAGCAAAGCCACUAAAGAAGAAGUAGGGGAAAAUAUGGGGCCUGUAAUGGAGAGAGAAAUGUUGGAGAGUGAGAUCAACAGCUUAAAGAAUGAGCUAGUGAUGACAUCUUGUUCCCUGAAAACGGCUGAGGUGGAGAUUGAGGCCAAAACACACCAACUGGUAGAAUUCCAACAAGAAAUCAUUGAACAGAAAGGGCUCCUAAUGCAACAGAAAUCCCAAACAAAGGAAAUAAUUGAAGCCAAGGAUGAAAUUAUGGACAAGUUGCAAAAGGAGAUCACUGAGCAGCGAACAGUACUUCAACAACAGAUCCAGGAUCUCAAACUUCAACUUGAACAAGCUGACCAACAGAAAAUGGAGCAAAUGUCCAGGCUUCAACAGCAUAUUGCUGCAUAUGAACAAGAAGUUGAAAAACUAAAAGAAGCCAAGAAAGCAAAGGAAGACCUUCUCCACCACACUGAGGAAAAGGUUCAUGAUCUUGAGACUAAGUUAUCUGCUGCUUAUUCUCUCUUGGCUAAUAAAGACCAACAGAUUAAUGGCCUGAAAGAAGAAGUCAAUGUUCUUACAGAUGAAACCAUAAAAAUUAAAGGUGAAAUUCAAGCCAAAGAGGAAACGCUUGCCAAAUUACACCUGGAAAAGUCUAAUGAGCAAGAAAUUCUUCAUAUGGAAAUUCAGUCUUUAAAAACCCAAGUGAUGGACCUUAACUCAUUUCUCAAAGUUGCUGAGCAGGAACUUCAAAUUAAGCAGGACCUACUGGCUAAAUCCCAACAAGAGAAUACCCAACAUAAGGAGUUACUCCAACAACAGGUAGUCACCUGUGAAGGAGAAGUUCAGAAACUAAAUGCAGCGAUGCAGGUCAAAACAGAGCAACUUGUUAUGUUGAAGAAUGAAAGUUCUCAACAUUCUGGAUUGCUUGAGCAAGAGAUCACAGAUCUAAGAGACCAAGUAGAAAGUCUGACUGAGUCUCUCAGAAAGUCUGACGAACAAGUUCAAACCCAGCUAGUUCUGCUUAACAAUCAGGAGGAAGAGAAUUUUCAGCAGAACAAGCUACUGCAGCAACAACUGACAGCAUCUGAAGACGGGGUAAGGAGCAUGAAGGAGGAUAUCCAUGCAAGGGAGGAACAGAUUAACCUGUUGAAAAGUCAAAGUUCAGAGCAAUCAGAACUACUUCAUCAAGAGAUCGGAGACUUAAACAAAAAGGUGGAGGGUCUUUGUUUCUCACUUAGGUCUACUGAGGAAAAUUUGCAGUCCAAGGAGAUUAUGUUUGCCGAACAGCAAUUACAGAACUCCCAGCACACCGAGGCUCUACAGACACAGAUUGCAGCUUUUCAAGAUGAGGUGAAGAGACUAAAUGCAGACAUUCAUGGUAAGGAGGAACAGUUGGUUGAGCUGAAGGCUGAAACUUCUGCAAACACUGAGUUGCUACAACAGGAAAUUGAAGGUCUGAACAAACAAAUUGAAAGCCUGAGCAUUUCUAUUGAGAUCGCCAAGGAGCAGAUUCAAAUGAAAGAAAAUUUGAUUUCAAAGCAACAGCAACAAAGCACUUUGCAGAUUGAGGCACUAAAAAAGCACAGUGCUGCAUUUGAAGAGGAGGUAAACCAGCUGAGGCAGCAGAUCCAAAUGAAAGAGGGUGAGGUUGACACCUUAAAGGCUGCGAACUGCAAGGAGUCUCAAAUGUUUCUCAAGGAGAUCCAAACUCUACGGGAUCAAGUGGAAGGUUUGAAUAAAUCACUAAAUACUGCAACAGACCAGGUUCAAAAUAAAGAAAACCUGCUGGCUCAGAGGGAUUUGGAGAUUUCUCAUGGAAAAGAUGAACUUCAAAAGAUGCUGACAACCUCCGAAGAAGAGAUGAGAGGUCUUGGCAAACACAUCCAGGCGAAAGAGGCGCAACUGGCCUCUUUUAAAGAAGAGGGUGCUGCACAUUCUGACAUGCUACAGCGAGAAAUCACAGGUCUAAAAAACCAACUUAAUAAUUUGACUGACUCUCUCACAGAGGCUGAGGUGAACAUUGAGAAUCGGUUAGUUCUGCUUAACAAGAGGGAACAAGAGGGCCGCUGUGAGAAAGACUGUCUGCAACAACAACUGUCUGCUUCUGAAGAUCAAUUGCAGAGGAUGAGGGAGGAGAUCCAAGCUAAAAAGGGUGAGCUUGACGCCUUAAAGUCUGAGAGCUGCAGUGCUUCACAAGUGCUACAAAAUGAAAUCCAAACUCUGAGAGAUGAAGUGGGAAGUCUAAGUGAAUCACUAAAGACUUCAAUCAAGCAGGUUCAAGACAAAGAUAGCCUGUUGGCUCAGAAGGAAUUAGAAAUUUUUGAGGAAAAGGAUAAAUUUAAGAACAUGAUGACAACCUCCGAAGAGGAGAUGACCUGUCUUAGACAACAGAUUAAAGCCAAAGAGGAACAACUGACCACAGUUAAAAAUGAGGGCGCUACACAUUCUGACAUGCUUCAGCAAGAGAUCACAGGGCUCACAAAACAACUUGAUAGUAUGACUGCAUCUCUUACAAAGGCUGAGGAGGAAGUCCUGGUCCAGUUAGAUCUACUUAACAAAAAGGAGCAGGAGAUAUCUCAUGAGAAGGAACUUCUACAGCAAAAACUGUCUGCUUCUGAAAAUCAGGUGCAGAGGAUGAUGGAGGAGAUCCAAGCUAAAGAAACUGAGCUUGACACUGUAAAGGCUGAGAGCUGUAAGAAGUCGGAAGAACUACAAAAUGAAAUCCAAACUCUGAGAGAUCAAGUGGGAAGUUUGAGUGAAUUUCUUAAGACUUCAACUGAACAGGUUCAAGUUGGCGAAAACCUGCUGGCUCAGAAGGAAAAGGAAAUUUCUCAAGGAAAAGAUCAUCUUCAGAACAUGAUGACAACCUAUGAAGAGCAGUUAAAGGGUCUCAGAGAACAGAUCCAGGCUAAAGAGGAAGAACUGGUCACAUUAAAAAAAGAGGGAGCCACACAGUCUGACAUGCUACAGCAAGAGAUUACCGGUCUGAAAAACCAAAUAAAUAGUUUGACUGAAUUGCUCACAAAGGCUGAAGAGCAUGUUCAGACCCAGAUAGUUCUUAACGACGAGCAGGAACAGGAUCAUUUUCAUCAGAAUAAGCUUCUGCAGCAACAACUGUCGGCUUCUGAAAAUCAGGUGCAGAGGGUGAAAGAGGAGAUCCAAGCUAAAGAGGCUGAGCUUGACACCGUAAAGGCUGAAAACGGCAAGAAGUCAGAAGAUCUACAAAAUGAAAUCCAAACUCUGAGAGAUCAAGUAGUAAGUUUGAGUGAAUCUCUUAAGACUUCAACUGAACAGGUUCAAGUUUGCGAAAACCUGCUGGCUCAGAAGGAAAAGGACAUUUCUCAAGGAAAAGAUCAUCUUCAGAACAUGAUGACAACCUCCGAAGAGGAGAUGACCUGUCUUAGACAACAGAUUGAGGCCAAGGAGGAACAACUGGCCACACUUAAAAAGGAGGGCACAACACACUCUGACAUGCUACAGCAAGAGGUCACAGGUCUCAAAAAAACACUUGAUAGUAUGACCACAUCUCUUACAAAGGCUGAGGAGGAGGUCCUGGUCCAGUUAGAUCUACUUGACAAAAAGGAGCAGGAGAGAUCUCACGAGAAGGAACUUCUACAGCAACAACUGUCGGCUUCUGAAAAUCAGGUGCAGAGGAUGAUAGAGGAGAUCCAAGCUAAAGAAGCUGAGCUUGACACCAUAAAUUCAGAGAACGGCAAGAAGUCGGAAGAACUACAAAAUGAAAUCCAAACUCUGAGAGAUCAAGUGGGAAGUUUGAGUGAAUUUCUUAAGACUUCAGCUGAACAGGUUCAAGUUGGCGAAAACCUGCUGGCUCAGAAGGAAAAGGAAAUUUCUCAAGGAAAAGAUCAUCUUCAGAACAUGAUGACAACCUCCGAAGAGGUGAUGACCUGUCUUAGACAACAGAUUGAGGCCAAUGAGGAACAACUGUCCACAUUUAAAAAGGAGGGCACUACACAUUCUGACAUGCUACAGCAAGAGAUCACAGGUCUCAAAAAAACACUUGAUAGUAUGACCACAUCUCUUACAAAGGCUGAGGAGGAGGUCCUGGUCCAGUUAGAUCUACUUGACAAAAAGGAGCAGGAGAGAUCUCAUGAGAAGGAACUUCUACAGCAACAACUGUCAGCUUCUGAAAAUCAGGUGCAGAGGAUGAUAGAGGAGAUCCAAGCUAAAGAAGCUGAGCUUGACACCAUAAAUUCAGAGAACUGCAAGAAGUCAGAAGAACUACAAAAUGAAAUCCAAACUCUGAGAGAUCAGGUAGUAAGUUUGAGUGAAUCUCUUAAGACUUCAACUGAACAGGUUCAAGUUUGCGAAAACCUGCUGGCUCAGAAGGAAAAGGAAAUUUCUCAAGUCAAAGAUAAUCUUCAGAACAUGAUGACAACCUCCGAAGCGAAGAUAAAAGGUCUCGCAGAACAGAUACAGGCUAAAGAGUUAGAAUUGGCCACAAUAAAAAUUGAGGGAGACCAAAAUCUCAACACUCUCAGAGAAGAGCUUGCUGCCAAAGCUUUCUUGGUGCAUAAAGCAAGAGAAGAAGCUGAAACGAUGAAAGAGGAGAAUUCCAAACAAACUAAUGUUCUCCAAGAUGAGAUCCAGAAUCUGAAAGAGCAUGCGGAAAAUAUUUCUCUUGAAGUUGUUGCUAAGGAGCAGAUGUUACUUAAAACCCAACAGGAGUCCUCUGAGAAGAUAAACAGCCUACAGCAACAGCUCAUCACACUAAGUACAGAGAUGAACCACCACAAAAAAACACACGCUGCAGAUGUCAGACUGCAAGAGGAUGCACAGGAGUUGCAUGUUGCCACUAAGAGGGAAAAAGAGACUCUAUUGGCCAGAAUCCAUCAGGCAGAAAAUAAUAAUGUCACUCUGGAGAAAGAACUUAAAGCCAUGGUCUGUGAGAAGGAGAGACUUGCUCAAGCCAAGCAAGCCAUUGAGAGGGAGAAUGCAGCCUCUCAGAAACUGGAAUCUGCACUGCAGCAUGAGCUGGAAGAAUUGAAAAUGGAUAAAGAGAAACUCUUGAAAGACAUUGAAAAAGCUGGCGAAAUUGAGGCUCACAAGAGGCAGAAACAGCUCUCAGCUAAAACCGAAGCUGUAGAACACUACAAGGCACAGAUGGAGAAAGCAGUAAAUCAUUACAAUGGCAAGAAGCAGCUUCUCCAGGAAAGCCAACAAGAAGUGGCUGAACUCAAACAUUCCUUGGAGGUCAAAGGGUGUGAAAUAAAGACAUUUAUUGCAGAGAAUAAGCUGCUUCAACAGGAACUGGAGAAAGCUCAAACCAAUGAAAAAAAACUUUUGAACACAGUGGCCAAUUUGAAGGCACAGUUGGUCUUGGCUGACCGUAAUCUACAGGUACAGAAUAAGAUCCAUGGUAGAGAAGGAAGCACAACAGAGGUUUGUUAUUUGGAUGUUCCCAACAAAAACUUGAGUAAUCAGACCAUGGUAAAGAGGACCAUCAGCUCUGACAGCCUGGACCAAAGUGCUCUAGAAGACUCUCUGAAUGACACAAGGAAACUUUCAGCACCUGAUGUGUCAAGCACACCACUUGUUCGAAGUUCAGAACGCUUGGCAGCCAAACGACGUGGUCUUCAGGCAGAGUCUCUGGAAACGCUCUACUUCACACCUAUAAGCACCAGACAGGUUAACAGGACCAGUACAGAGAACCAAAUGGAGCUGGAUUCAGCUCGGAGAAAUCCAAGUUCAUCUGUUAAACGGCGCAGGACGACUCAGGUUAUUAACAUCACCCUGACCAAGAAAACCCCAGGUGGCAAUGAAGGUGAUGAGUCUUUCUACAGUAUGGCCUCAGCUCGCUCUCAACCAAACCUCUUCACUGCUCGCGCUGCACAGCCUGUGUCCAUGGAGCUGUUCAGCACACCUGCCAAAAUGACCAGUGCUGCCAGCGACCAACUCAUGGGUCUUCCCGGGUACAGACGGAGCACAAUUCAUUCACAGACCGCUAGUACAUUUUGCGUGGGGGCAGAAAAUGAGCCAGAAGGCGCACCUGAUGACUGGAUGAGGAUAGCUGAGCUGCAGGCCAGGAACAAGGCCUGUCUUCCUCACCUGAAGAGCAGCUACCCUGUGGAAUCAGAGGCUGGCCAUGGCAGUGUAUUCAUUUUCACCGAUGAAGAAGUCCGUAUGGGUGACCCAACUGACACAAUCCGCCGUGCUUCCAUGAUGCCUGGUCAGCUUCAGGACUCUCUCGUCUCCCAUCGGCAAUCUCUCAUGAUGGGGCAGGCGGGUGUUGCUGCCAACACUCGUUCUCAUCGUCUGUCCCUGAUGCCUGGCCAGCUGCCGUCAAAAGUGGCCAGCUCUUCUCAGCUGAGGAGCCCAAAUGGCACAAAACGGUCUUCAUCUACUUUGUCUCUACCUCAAUUUUCACCUGAGAAAAAGGUGAAGGCCAGCUGUUUCCCCCGUCCCCUCACCCCCAAAAACAAGAACGUGAUCAGUGGACGUAGCAACUCCCAGCUUCACCCAGUACCCAGUCCAGCUGAUCGGAGACAGUCCAUGGUGUUCACUAUUGACAACACCCCUAAGAAGAACAACUACCUGAAGAAAGGGCUAAACAAACUGCGCAACUCCACCUCUAUCAUGCCUGCAGAUCCUCAGGCUGGUGUAGGAAGAGCGGGCAGAGCCGGGAGCUUUAAGUCACCUCAGGUGACAAGUAAAGUAGGUCGCAGGAAGUCUCCACAAACCACCAACAAGACUGGAAAGUCCCCUGGACUGACGGCUAGUGCUCGCAAGAAGCCUGGGUCUGUAAGUGAAGAAAACCUUCAAGGAAGUUUCAAAAGGUCAAUAUAGUUUUAGUUUAUGCUGGUGCUAAUGACGGCAGGUGUUAAAACUGGUUGUUGGUUCUCACAGUGUGGCAUAUUAGCUCACGGUGUAGGUUCUUUCUACUUUUGUCUUGGUUUCUCACCAUGGGUGUUCACUGUCCAUGCAUUUCCCUCAUGUGGAACACUAACUACGGAUUCUAUUAAAUGUCACAUUG